UGAGGGGUGCGCGUGCAUGAUGGUGAUGAUGCGCGUGACGCCAUGAGCAGAUGCGAGCAGUGGAGCAGACAGGACCGGGGCUGAGGCAGCAGCAGCAGCAGCAGCAGCAGCAUCUUCCUCCGCACCAGCAGCGACUCUCACCGGCUCCUCCUCCACCUCUCUCCCGGCUUCCAGAUGCUCCGGCUCGGCGGCAGGAUGUGCGGCUUCUCGGCGCUGCUCUCGGUGCUCCUCGCGGCGGCGGCGGCGGCGGCGUCCUCGGAUCUUUUCGACAACCAGCUGGGCGACAUCAGCUACUGCAAAAAGCAAUGCCAGCUCACCAUCAAAAACAAAAGCCCCGCUAAAGACUCCAUAAUGAACGCCUGUUACCGUGGCUGUCGCCUCUACUCCAUCUGCCAGUUCGUCAACGGCAACGCCGGCUUCAACACCAGCAGGGAGGAGUGUCAGGGAGCGUGCCAGGAGGCAUACAUUAAGCUCCUGGAGCAGGAGGCCUGCAGCACCGGCUGUGCCAGCCAACCCUCUGAACCUGAGAUCAAGAGGAGGAAGCUGAAGGCCAUGACUCUCCGCCCGAAGCCCCCCUCCGUGAUGGAGGCCGUGUCCAGUUGGUGCAACGAGAUCGUCAGCUCUGCUCAGAGCUUCAUCUCCUCCACCUGGACCUUCUACCUGCAGGCUGACGAUGGCAAGGUGGUGGUUUUCCAGAGCCAGCCGGAGAUGGAGUACUCUCUGCCCGAGCUGCAGGCUCCUCGAUCCAACGUGGCGGACAAACCCUGGCCUCAGGUCCACUCUCACACCCAGAGACCUCAUGGCGUGAGGGGACAUGGAGAGAAGGGAACAUCCAAAGCAGGAGGUAAAGGGAAGCACCCUGUGCAGCACACAGACGACCCCACAGCUGAGCACGACUUCCUCGGCUGCAUGUCAAGACGUUCGGGUCUUCCUCGGUGGAUUUUAGCGGCCUGUCUCUUCCUGUCCAUCAUGGUCAUGUUAUGGCUCAGCUGUGCCAGCCUCGUCACCGCACCAGAGCAGCACAUCAAGACGCAGCUGAGCAUCAACGGAGAUAAAGAGUUUCUGGACAAUGCCCACAAAGUCAACCCGUACCACCUGACUCCCGUGAUCGCUGUCACCGUGAAACAGUCGGAUGACAGCCAGGAGGCGGGGCCGCUGCCGGUGAAAGUUGAUCUCGACAAAACAUGUGUUUAGAAAGGAGCAAUGGGAGAGCUCUCUCCACCCCCCCAGGGUAACCAUGUCUAAAAGUCUGUGGCCCAUCAGCAGAAUUUUUAAAAACAUAUUUUUAACAGCAUGGCACCCUACCUACUGUCUUUUGAAUUUAUCUUACUGAAACAUCUAGCUUGUGUUGAUCAGACGGUUUUCACUUAGCUACGCCUGUCAUUUCAUUUCCUUGUACAGUAAAAAUAUGUCCAUCCUCAAAUGAUCCUGCCUGCUUAUUGCUUAUUGAUAAGACAGUGCUCUUGUCUCGCUGGAGAUGAGUAGAGAGGACAGAUUACAGCUGAGAGCUUCAUCUCUAAUUUUUCAUGUCUGGUGUGAACGAGAGAAGACAAACACAAAGAUUAAUUUUAGAUUCAAUUUUCCUCAUUCUCACAGGGAGUUUAUGUGAAUUAAUGGAUUACGGAGAGCAAAGAAAAUUAGUAGGAAGUGAGAGGAAAGGGGGAUAAAUUACAGGUGAGCACUCCGGGAUGCUGCAGAUACUGUAGCUCACAGUUGAGCUACAGUACUUUAUCAUCAUUGUGAGAUAUUUAAUAACGUUGUCUUUAAAAAAUGUUUUUUUUUAUCAUGUUUUUGCUCGUUACACAACGGAAAACAGUUCUGUGGUGAGCAACACAUUCUCAAAGUUCAGAGAAAGACAGACGCACUUGCUGAAUAAACUAAAACCACAACUUUUAUCACCUUAUUCAUCUUUGUGUGUGUGUGUGUGUGUGUGUGUGUGUGUGUGUGUGUGUGUGUGUGUGUGUGUGUGUGUGUGUGUGUGUGUGUGUGCAUCUGCAAACAGCUCACAUUCAUUUAUAAGUAACAAUUUCAGAACUGCAGCUGGAUCUGGAUUCAAACUGAGACGAGACGAGACAAAAACAACACCUUUUUAUUUAUUUUGUCUUCUCUAUUUAUUCAGAGUCAUCGACAUGAGUUACUUGUUAAAUAGUGUUACUGAAGUGCCAUGUACAGUUAAUUCAUCACGACAUGUAACUGCUCUGUAUGUAAAAUAUACUGUAACACAGAGUGGAAAGAGACACGUAGAGAAGGGAGAUUGCACCUAUUGCUGUAUUAUUAUUAUUAUUAUUAUUAAUAUGAUUAUCAUGUUAAUGCUCUUAUAUCACUUAGAGUUCUUAGCUGUUAUAUGCUCUGUGCCAUGUGCUUUCUAAUAGCUGACUAUUUUGUAUGUCCUAGGAGCACAUACUGAAGGAUAGCCUCUGUGACAACGUGUAAUGCAAAGCUUUUAAGAUAGACCUUUGUUAUUGAGCAGAGUUGCACAGUCUUAGAGACGAGUUUAUGUUUUCCUCUCAGUGCUUUCUGUGUCCUGUAACGCUCUUUUAUUCCAGGCUGUGUAGACAAUAAACCGUGCAUGCAAGUGACGCUUCGAUAGUUUAUAUACUUAACCCGCCCGCCAUGCCAGCAUGGUACAACUUCUACUAUAGACGUGUGAUUUUCUUUAUUUGUGUCAUGUCAUAUUUACCGUAACCAUUGAAUAGACUGUGUAAUGAUGAAUGAUUAUAUGCUCACAAAUUUACAGGAAGGACUCUCAAAUCAAAAAGCCAUUCAAUCAAUAUCUGUGCUGAUUCAAACUGAAGGUAUAUAGAAUAUAUGACUUUCAAAUUGUAUUGUUUCCUUUUUACUGGUCUGUUCAUUUUCAAUGAAAUGAUACUGAGGACAUAAUGAAUAAAGUGUUUUCAUUGUAAAUAAA